AGUUCUCCUCCCUCUUUUUAAAGAAGGGAACCGAAAGCAGGGCAAGAGACGGGCAGCGGCCUGACCUGCGCAAAACCCCCGCUCUCAUCAGUCAUCUCUCCCCAACCAAAACCCCAACAAGCCGCAAGGGAACGGAACCUUUUCGCCAGCGGCCUGUUCGAAAGCAACUGCAGGGGAGAAGAAGCUGCGCAGGAGAAGAGGAGGAAGGCGGCGGCGGUGUGUAGGCUGCGCAGAGAGAGGCAGCGAGGGAUCGUAAGCUUUUGGCAGUGGUGGUCUUGGAAUGCAGCAGCAACACCUGAUGCAGAUGAACCAGAACAUGAUUGGGGGCUACACCUCUCCUGCCGCUGUGACCACCGAUCUCAUCCAGCAGUACCUGGAUGAGAACAAGCAGCUGAUCCUGGCCAUCCUCGACAACCAGAACAAUGGAAAGGUGGAGGAGUGCGAACGGCACCAAGCUAAGCUCCAGCACAACCUCAUGUACCUGGCGGCCAUCGCUGACAGCCAGCCACCACAGACUGCACCACUAUCACAGUACCCGUCCAACCUGAUGAUGCAGCCAGGCCCUCGGUACAUGCCACCGCAGUCCGGGCAGAUGAUGAGCCCGCAGUCGCUAAUGGCGGCGCGGUCCUCCAUGAUGUACGCGCACCCGUCCAUGUCGCCACUCCAGCAGCAGCAGGCAGCGCACGGCCAGCUGGGCAUGGCUUCAGGGGGCGGCGGUGGCACGACCAGUGGGUUCAGCAUCCUCCACGGCGAGGCCAGCAUGGGCGGUGCUGCUGGCGCAGGCACCGGCAACAGCAUGAUGAACGCCGGCAUGUUCUCAGGCUUUGGCCGCAGCGGCAGUGGCGCCAAGGAGGGAUCGACCUCGCUGUCUGUUGACGUCCGUGGUGGCACCAGCUCCGGCGCGCAGAGCGGGGACGGCGAGUACCUGAAAGCAGGCACCGAGGAAGAAGGCAGUUAAGACGAUGUCACUAGCACUGGCAUCGGCUCGGGAACGGUAUGGCAUAGCAGCAGGAUUAGCAGGUAGCUUUGAGGAACGAGGAGGGGGUAGUAGCGUAGUAAUGGUAGCAUUAGCUAGCAGUAUGUAGUCGGUAAGGUAGGGUUGUUCCAUAGAACCUGGAGGUGGUAGUGACCAGCAUGCAUGCAUGAUGGUCACUUGUUUUGGAUGUACGUUGCAGGUUCUCCCCCAAGAUGUAGUAUGGAACGUUGCUGUUGACCUCUUUGCGCAAACACUAUGCAGUGUUGAUCUUGACCAAAAAAAAACUUUUCGCCUACUGCCUUUUGAUCUUGUGAUUGUUGUCGUAACAUUUAGUUUUGAAGAAGCUGGACACAUUAUGUGGA